CAGAGGUUGUUUUGUUUGCAGUAGCCUAACUUUCAUAGGUGCUCUCCUAAAAUGGGAAAGAUUUUCCAGAUCAUAGUGGUCGGGAUAAAGGGGGAGAAGAAAACGGUCGAUGUUGCGACAUCAGAGGAAGAAUUCAACAAAAUGACAAUUUUGCAAUUCAAAAAGAAAUUAGCAGAAAAAUUGCCUGGACAAGCAGGGGAUGAUCCAUCAUCACUGAGGCUGCUGUACACAGAUAAACAACUAGAAGACGCUGACACGUUUUUACACCACCAAAUUAAGGAUCGCUCCACUCUCUUCAUGGUCUUGCGUCUACCCGGAGGUUUCCAGACAAGCUAAGAAGAACUGAGUCCCUGCCGGAAUGAAGUCCACCUUAAGAAUCUCGUCGACAGGACGAGAAACGUUUUAAACACAGAGACACUUCUACAUUUUUUGGCUAAUGAAUCAAUUUGUUGUUUGCUAGCCUAUGUACAGGCCUAUGAAUGUGGGGUCUGUUGGAUAUUGUAAAUGGGGAUCUUUAACCUGUGAACAGGAUAAUCAUAACAGUCUUUGAAAACCUUCUCAUGAAUUUUAUCCAUGAAGAAAAUGAUCUUUGAUUUUAAGUGUUAUGGUCGUUGCUUCUUUGACUUAGCCUAUUUUAUUAAGUAGCCUAGGCUACAAUUAAUAACUCCUGCUUAGUUUUUUUUCUUCUCUUAAAUGAAUUAUAUUAUAUCAUAAUAAAAUGAUCAGUUUUGAAUGAUU